AGUAGCAGAAUUGAGAGACUUGAAAUUAGCUAUCCUGCUGGAUAAUCGCAUGGGAAGUAUAAUGGAUUAUGAAUUCCAAAUAAUCAAUUCAAAUAGUGGUGAAGUAUAUGAAGAUGAUAAAACAAUGAUCAUGAAGAAUGUCGCCGUUCAUAUAGCUCGCAGACCAUUGUUAAUAGGAAAGACCCGUAAAAAAAUAUGGAAAUCCCAAAAAGAUCAAAUAAUGGAAUAUUCCAUCAAAGAUGUGGAAGAUCACCUUGAUAAAUUAAAAGCUCCAAAAUCACGCGGCAAAGUUCCGGAGAUAUACACCUGUUCUAAAUGCUACAGGAAAGGGCACUGGGUACAAGAUUGUCUAUUGGAAAAAAGGGUUAAAGUGUCCUCGGGUAUUCCCAGGGAUGCAAUGAUACCCGUUGAGGGUCCCGAAGUGAAAGGGGCAAUGUUAACCCCUUGGGGCACUUACGCAAUUUCGAAAGCACAGCUCGAUUGUUACACUAAUAAAGAAGCCGCAAUACAGCAGUACCAAAUUCCUAUUAUUUGCAACAGAUUUGAUGGGUCUGAACAUAAAGACUGUAGCAACAAGCACAUAUUCGAAGAUUGUAAUACGAGAAAUAUUGAUUUUAUCAACCUAAACAGCCUGAAAUACGUGAAGAUUAACAGAAAUAGCUUGCAAACCGUUGAUGAUAACAAGGAAAAUAUAGAUAUUAACAACCCACACAGCUUGAAGUACGUGAAGACUGAGAAAUUAUGUGAAAGUAACACGGAAAAUAUAGACUGUAGCAACCCAUACAGCUUGAAGUACGUGAAGACUGAGAAAUUAUGUGAAAGUAACACGGAAAAUAUAGACUGGAGAAACUCAUACAGCUUGAAGUACGUGAAGACUGAGAAAUUAUGUGAAAGUAACACGGAAAAUAUAGACUGGAGCAACCCAUACAGGUUGCAGAACGUUAGAGCCAACGGAUUCGACGAUAACAAGGAAAAUAUAGAUAUUAACAACCCACACAGCUUGAAGUACGUGAAGACUGAGAAAUUGUAUGAAAGUAACACGGAAAAUGUAGACUGUAGCAACCCACACAGGUUGCAGAAUGUUAAGGUCAACACAUUCGAAGAUAGUUACCAGGAAAAUCUAUAUUAUAGCAACCCACAUUGGUUGCAUAACGUUAAGGUCAACACAUUCGAAGAUAGUUACAAGGAAAAUCUACAUUGUAGCGACCCACAUAGGUUGCAGUACGUAAUGGCCAACAUAUACGAUGAUAAUAAUAACAAGGAAAAUAUGGAUUUUAACAACCCACAAAGGUUGGAAUAUGUGAAGAAAAUGAAAGGAUAUUCGAAAGUGCGUUGCAGAAGAACGAAAAUGUAUUAAGAUGCUGCUUGUUUUUAAAAACUAGAUGUGAAUUUUAAAAUGUUUGUAACAUUGUUUAUUUUUUUCCUUUAUUUUGGAACUGGACUGGUGACAAUUAAAACAAAAAAAAUAAAAAAAAAGUCAAGGGAUUGGACCAGUAACCAACAUUAACAUAAUCUCUUUAAAGACACACGCACUCACGAACUACCUACUCUAAAAACGAUUUGGUAGGUCUUGGGGCUUGAAAUGCUUCAAUCUUCGGCGAUGGUUCUCUGUGUUAGUCAGCUCCACAGCAAAGGGGUUUGGGUGAAUAUCCAGCCGAUGUUAUGUUAAAAAAAUAUAUUAUUUUUAAAGCGUA